UUCUACAUUUUUAUUGAAGAAAUCUGUUAGGCCACGAAUUUAUUCUUCAUCUUCAUCAGACAGGAACCCAUGAGAAGAAAUCUGUACCCCGAACCCCAUGUUUCACUAGUGUCAGCACAAGCUGAUGAGGAAGUGAGGCCUGGAACUAGAGGAGGAGGAAAUGAGAGAAAGGGGAAGUUUGGGGGGGCAGCCUCCCAGGAGGCUGUGGGAGAGGAGAGCCAUCAGAGACACAGCCAGCUUGUCUGUCUCCACCAGCAUCUGCUGAGCCAUGAACCAAGCCCGGGAUUUACAGGGAGGAAAGGCCUUUGGGCUGCUGAAGGCCCAGCAGGAAGAGAGACUGGAUGAAAUCAAUAAGGAAUUCCUGGAUGACCCCAAAUACAACAGUGAUGAGGAUCUGCUCUCCAAAUUGGAAGCUUUCAAGAAGAAAUACAUGGAGUUUGACCUGAAUGGAAACGGAGAUAUCGAUAUCAUGUCCCUGAAGCGAAUGUUGGAGAAACUUGGGGUACCCAAGACUCACCUGGAGCUAAAGAAAUUGAUCAGGGAGGUUUCCAAGAGCUCUGGGGAGACUUUCAACUACUCCGACUUCCUCAGGAUGAUGUUGGGCAAGAGAUCUGCCAUCCUCAAAAUGAUCCUGAUGUACGAAGAGAAAGCAAGGGAGCAGGAGAAGCCAACAUGUCCUCCAGCCAAGAAAGCUAUCUCUGAGUUGCCCUGAUUUGUGGUGGGAUAAAAGGGGCUUCUAAUGACUCCAACACAAAAAAAGAAGACAAAAUUGUGAGCCAGAGUCGAACUAAAAUAAAUUCUCCUCCUUCUCUA